GGUGGCAAUUUGAUUGAGUUUUUGUUAUUUUAGUUUUGAAAUUAGGGCUUUGGUUGAUUGUGGUUAGAUGGAUUUUUGGUUGUUUUUAGAUGGAUUUUUGGUUGUUUUUAGAUGGAUUUGUUGUGGGAUGAAAUUCGUUGGUAUUUUUGUUGUGGUUUUGAAUACUUGAUUGGUUGAAGUCUUCACUCUGGUCUACGCCUCCUCCGCCCACCGUCCGCCCUCCGUCGCCGGUUCGACCUCCAUCGCCACCUCCUCCGCCGCGGGACUCCAAUGGCACUUCCACUUCCUCUGCUUCUCCUUCUCCUUCUCCUAUCCCCGAGGAGAUCUCUCGCCAUGCUCAGCUCUCACUCGAGCUGUCGAAGAAGAUCAUCAACAUCAGAGAAAUCAGGAGGUUAGCAUCCAUGGGUCUUCCUGAUGCUCCUGCCAUCCGCUCUACUGUCUGGAAGCUUCUGCUGGGGUAUUUGCCCAGUGAUCGAGCAAUGUGGCCCUCUGAAUUAGCCAACAAGAGGUCUCAAUACAACCAUUUCAAGGAUGACCUCUUGAUGUCUCCCGUUCUUGCUGAAAAAGCUUAUCUUGUGGGUGUGGAGCAAAAAGGUAUUAAAGUGGAUUCAUUUGGAAUAGAAGAAUCUCUGAAAGAAUUGGCUCAACUAGCUGACACAGCAGGUCUUCAGGUUGUUGGCUCUACUUAUCAAAAGCUUGCUGCUCCAAAUCCAAGAACAUAUAUUGGCUCAGGCAAGGUUUGUGAGAUCAAGAAUGCAAUUAAUGCAUUUGAUGUUGAAACAGUGAUAUUUGAUGAUGAGCUCUCACCAGGAUUACGCUCCCCUGCUUAUCAUCUUUUGAUGGUUUCAUUGAUUGUUGAUAAGCUAUUUGGCUCACCUGAAUCAAAUUACUGGUCCUUGUUUGAUCUUGCUUUUGUGAUUUUUAUGUGCCCAAGAGCUCUUGUGCUUCUGAUGUCCAUAUCUGCAUAUUGUGUAAGUGAAGUUGUCUCUCAUCCAUGA